GUAUUCACCACAGGACCUGAGACGGACGGCAGUCCUCUGUCCCAGCCUGAUAAACAGGCUGUUCCCAUACUUAAAAAAACAAAACAUGAACAGGGCAAUCGUGCCGUUGACCUUCUGGUAACAUCAUUGAAAAUGCUCCAUGCGUGUUGCUCUGUGCUAGAAGAUGGCGGAGUCGGAUGGCGGGGACUUUGCUUCGAAACAUCCACAGAGCAGUAUCAGUAUGGCUAACAAGAAUAGCACUCUGCGCUGUGCAUUCUCCGCCUCAAGCCACAGUGCCACCCUCCUCCAGGGCUUGUCGGUCUUGCGGGCUCAGGGCCAACUGCUUGACGUUGUGCUGGCCAUCAAUGAGGAGCGCUUCCAGGUCCACAAAGCUGUGCUUGCCGCCUGUAGUGAUUACUUCAGAGCAAUGUUUACCGGAGGCAUGAGGGAGUCAAAUCAAGAUACCAUUGAGCUGAAGGGUCUGUCUGCCCGUGGCCUGAAACAUAUCAUUGACUUUGCCUACAGUGCAGAAGUCACUUUAGAUCUGGACUGUAUUCAGGAUGUCCUCGGGGCAGCUGUGUUUCUCCAGAUGGUCCCAGUCGUGGAGCUCUGUGAGGAGUUCCUCAAGUCGGCGAUGAGCGUGGAGACCUGCCUGCACAUUGGCCAGAUGGCCACCACCUUCAGCCUGUCUUCCCUCAAAGAGUCGGUGGAUGCCUUCACCUUCCAUCACUUCCUCCAGAUUGCGGAGGAGGAGGACUUUCUGCACAUUCCCAUGGAGCGCCUCGUCUUCUUUCUGCAGAGCAACAAACUGAAGAACUGUAGCGAAAUCGACCUCUUCCACGCCGCGAUCAGGUGGCUCCAGUAUGACGAGUCUCGUCGGGCUCAAGCCAGCAGGGUCCUCUGCCAUGUGCGCUUCCCGCUCAUGCGCUCCUCUGAGCUGGUGGACAGUGUUCAGACGGUGGACAUCAUGGUGGAAGAUGUGCUGUGCCGCCAGUAUCUCCUCGAGGCCUUCAAUUACCAGAUCCUUCCCUUCCGACAGCACGAGAUGCAGUCUUCGCGGACAGUCAUGCGCUCUGACGUCUUGUCAGUCAUCACCUUUGGCGGGACGCCCUACACGGACAACGACCGCACAGUGAGCACCAAGGUGUACCAUCUCCCCGACUUGGCUUCCCGUCAGUUCAAAGAGCUGACAGAGAUGGAGACAGGGUGCAGCCACGCUUGCGUUGCCGUACUUGAUAACUUUGUGUACAUCAUUGGUGGACAGCACCUGCAGUACCGCAGCGGUGAGGGGGCGGUAGACAGCUGUUUCCGCUACGAUCCGCAUCUGAGCCAGUGGCUGCGCAUCCAGCCUCUGCAGGAGGCUCGCAUCCAGUUUCAGCUCAACGUGCUGCACGGACAGCUGUACGCCACUGGAGGGCGCAAUCGAUCUGGCAGUCUGUCAUCUGUUGAGUGUUACUGCCCAAAGAAGAACGAGUGGACUAAUAUGGAACCCUUAAAGCGCAGGAUUUGGGGUCAUGCAGGGACUCCUUGUGGAGAAAAGCUGUAUAUCUCCGGGGGUUAUGGCGUUUCGUUGGAUGACAAGAAAACUCUUCACUGCUACGACCCAGCAUCAGACCAGUGGGACUUCAGAGCCCCAAUGAAUGAACCCAGAGUGCUGCAUGCCAUGAUCAGCACCAGGGAUCGGGUGUAUGCUCUGGGCGGUCGCAUGGACCAUGUGGACCGUUGUUUUGAUGUGCUUGCAGCCGAGUAUUACAUUCCAGAGAACGACCAGUGGACCACCGUGAGUCCCAUGAGAGCAGGGCAGUCUGAGGCAGGCUGUUGUUUACUGGACAGGAAGAUCUACAUCGUCGGUGGCUACAACUGGCACCUGAACAACGUCACAAGCAUCGUGCAGGUGUACAACACGGAGACUGAUGAGUGGGAGAGGGAUUUGCACUUUCCAGAAUCCUUUGCUGGCAUCGCUUGUACGACAAUUAUUAUUCCACAGAACAUCACACAACGCUAACCAUCUGACCUGCCACUGUGAAGAUUUGAUUCCUCGUGCUCUUUCUGCCGGCCAUUGAGUCAACACACUGUGUGUGUGUGUGUGUGUGUGUGUGUACUAGGCAGCAUUACUCAGAAUCGUGUAUUAUUUUUCCUAUACUUGCCACAAUGUUGUCAUUAAUAGAGCAUAUUUUGAUCUUAAUGUUGAGACACUUUUAUAAUACCGAUACAAGCUUUUGAAUGACAAUUUAAAAGAAACGUCAUUUCCUGUUUUGAAUUUUAUAAUUUAUUGAUUGGUGAUAUUAUGGUAAUAUUAUCUCCAGAUGACCUGUACAAGUUAUCUUCCGGAAAUGCAUUACCUUAAUUUUGUACACUUUUGUUUGAAAAAAUUAUUAUAUUUCGGUCUGUAAAAGUGUUUUACCAUUUAAGGGCUGAAGUUACAAACUGAACAAAUUGUCUCAUUUUUGAAUGAAAGUUAAAGUGUGUUUGCUAAGGUAUUUACAGACAUCACCUUUGUGAGUUGUACAGUUGUGAAUGUUUUAUUACUUGUCUCCUUUUUAUGUUGUAAUAUUUAGUUUGUUAGAAUUUUAUUCAAACAGCUAAGAUUACUGAAAAUCUCCCUCUUUUAUUUCUCCUCAAAUGUACUUGUCAACAAAUCACAAUGUACAGUAAUGAUUGCACAAAUGAACACGAGAAGUGUUUGUGUUUAGCUUGGAAAGGCAUAUUCCAUGUGGGUGUUAUUGUUUUUUUUAAUUAUCAUUGUUAAUGCCCUUGUGUUUCCUGAGCUGAAACCUCCACUGACACUAAUUGUCCCGUCAGUCAAACCAGUGUGGACCCCUUCAGGCAGCUACAUGAAUCCUUCAAUUCUGUUGUAAUGUCAGUGUCUGCUGCUCUUUAUUUUAAACAAGUGCUAAAUCUUGUGUACCACAUGCGUUUGUCUCUUGACUAACACAACAAGGGGACACAGGUCAUAUACAUUAAUGCAGAUUUAAUAUCUAAAGUAUUCUCAAAAAAUCUAGUGUGCCCAGGAAAAGCUACCUAAACAUAUAUCAUGCAGGCUCAUGUUUUAAUUUUGACUACUUUGCUGCACUUUUAAAGCCGUACUUAUGAAGUCACCGUUACACUUAAUGUGUGGAAAAGGAAGAAGCAAGUUGAAGUUCUUGUUUUUCCAUUUAAAUGUGAUCAUCCAAAGGAUUGUGUCCAUUUUAAAACCUGUUUCUCCUGUUGCCUUAGUGUCUAUUUGUCUUGUGUUACCUGUAAAAGCACAUGCUACUGUUGAAGUGCAAUAUAAAGGAAAUUGCUGUUAAAGGGGAAUGUCGACAUUUGUAUAUCUUUAUGUGCAUCCUUUAUUAAAGGUGUAUCAUGUUUU